GCUUUAUUAAAUCUUUCAAUUUUUCAGCCUUUCCCGCUUUUCCUCCUUCUCGGCAGGAAGACAAUUGUCCCUCGGAAUGUAUGCUGGUGUCUCUCUGUCUGAUAAGAAGAGGCGACCAUGGUGCUAAGAGUGUGGGUAAUGUCAAUAGUCCUGGGCCUUCUGGUGUCUCCUCUCCUGGUCCUGUCUCUGGAUGGCUUUGCUGUUGGCCACAAUGAAUCUUCCGAUUAUAAUGAGACUUCCGAUAGUGAGGAAGAUCCCACGCGGCCGCGUGGUUUCCUUUCGGGAGAGCUCGACAGUUUGUUUCAACCGCGACAAGUCCGCAAUACCACCACAAUGUCGCCCAUGCCAAACCUGGAGGGAAACCCUGUACGUGAAGAAGAAGAAAGUGAAGAAGAAGAAGAUUCGCAACAAAUGGCAACAGUAAUGCCCAAACCGCCGAUACCACCCAUUGGACUACCCGGCAUACCAGGAUUCACUGUGGGCGACAGUAUCCCCGUGGACUGUGGAUUCACUUGGAAUGUGUCCGUGGAAGGUUGUGCCCGACGCAUUGCAUCCUCAGGCCGACCCCCCGGAGAGUGCGACUGCUACAGUUUUUGUGGAGACGCCACUCGAGGCUGUUAUAGGGCCGGACAACCCACACAAUUUUUCUUUUGCUUUCUCGAAGAUCUCGUGGUGGGAUGUCAAGACAUUAUACCUCAAACGCCACUACCUGUGCCACGGAUUGGAGUCGAUGCACCCUGUCCUCGGGGGUACCUUUGUUCUCCCUAUGGCCAGGAAAGUUGCGAACGCGUGCGACGGAUGCCCCGACUGCUCGGUCUGGGGGAUAUCCAUGCUGGAAUGCACUGCCCUGGAGCUGACAAUAGAACAGAUAUUGGGUACAGGAACUGUGAUGUUGGCUACUACUGUCCAGACUCGACAACUAGGAUACCGUGUCCAGCAGGAUACUUUUGCCCGCACAAGUCUGUACGACCCGAAAUCAAAUGCCGAAACUGUCCCGAGGGAGCCACCACGUUAAGACGAUUCCCAUACACCUACACAAUCGUGGUACUUGCCGUGGCAGUCAUGCUCGUGGUCAUCCUCUGGAAGGCGUUUAAUCAGUACAAUCAAAGACGAUACCAACAGCUACAUGAUCUGCAGCAGCGACAUCUCGACGGGCUACAGGAUGUGGCCUACAAACGAAAGCAUCUCCGUAAGCUUAAAGCGUUGAAACCAAGGCUAAGAGCCAUUGAACGGCGCUUGAAAGAACAAUACGCACAUAAAGUAGAGGAUCCUCGGGAUAUGGUUCUCUCUACGGAAACGACGGACGGGAAGUUCACGUUUGAUGCUUCCAAGUUGUUCGAUGUGUUGGAUACACACCUGGAUGAAGAACUGUACUAUUCCAAAAUCAACAAUGUACUCAGGCUGAACUCCGUCCAGCUACGUGAGUUCAUGAACCGCAUGAACGAUAUUGCUGGAGAAGCACAGGAUAUGGAACAAGUGGAACGUCAUGUCUUUAUCACUCAAUUCCUCCGUGUAUAUGGUGCCAUUAGUCAUCUGCAACCAUCCUACGAGGAAGCGGCACAUAUCUAUGAUGAAGUAGCAAAACAAGGUGGUACUACUAAAGAGGGGGAUGUGCCGCAUCGGCUGUUUUACGUGAGUUCUUUGGCAGAGUUUCUGAAUGACGAGCAAAUCAAUGCACUUUUGAAGGGAUUCCAACGGACCAAAGAUUUGCAUGCCGAGGAAGAGUUUGAGGAUGAACCUGUCAAGGACAAACCACAAUGUGCAGUCGUCAAGUAUGCACCACUUGUGUUCCGCAGGUCCUUGUUUGGAUUGCCGGAACGGAGUCUUGCAAUCAGCAGAGACGAGUUUAUAUCCCACUAUCCAGCACUGCUGUGGCAAGUGACAAAACCGCAAGGGCUCAACAGGGGAACCAUGUUUACAAGUCAAUUGUCAUUGCACAAAGGACUUGAUAUCGCCUUCCAAGGCCUUUCAGUUUCCGUCGAAGUGAAAGAUAGACCGAUCAAAGUUCUCAAUAGCAUUACUGGCCGGUUAUGUGCAGGCACAAUGACAGCCAUAUUAGGAGGGCAUCGAUCAGGGAAAACGACUCUGCUGGACGCAUUGUCAGGACGAAUCUUCUACGGGGAAGUCACGGGCUCUAUCCAAGUCAACGGAAACAAUACGCUUCUAGAAAAGCACAGGUCUUCGAUUGGAUACGUGCCCAAGGUCGACGCUCUCUACGCCGAAUUGACUGUUAGGGAGCACCUUCUUUUCAGUGGUAUGUUCCAGCUUCCAGACACACCGCUGGAAGAAAUCGAAGAUUUAGCAGAUGCAACGAUGGCUGCAAUGGACUUGUCACGAGUAAUGCAUGUCGAUGUUGGAUACGAAGGGCGAGGUGGUUUGUCAAAGCUAGCAAGAAAGUCUGUAAGCGUUGCAAUUGAAUUGAUGAAGAGACCUCGAAUGCUCUUCCUGGAAAGCCCCACGGAUGGUCUUGAGACCGGUCCAUCUCUCCAUCUAGUGCGUGAUCUCAAAAAAUUCGUUGAGAUGCAAGGCAUUACAAUCUGCGCUACUCUGAACCAGCCCAGGAGAGAUGCAUUUGAAGUUUUUGAUGGAUUGAUCUUGUUGGGCGUAUCGGGGAAGCUUGUCUAUCACGGACCAGUGCGCAAAGUUGGGAAAUAUUUCAAUCGCAUAAACUACAUCCUGCCUGAUGGGGAAAGCGUGACUGAUUGGAUUCUUGACAUUGCUUCGGGAAGACUUCCUCCUCCAGUCAAGCAACAAAAAUUUGUGAUGCCGGCAAGCAGCCCGACCUCCACAACAUCAAGGAGUGACGAGACCACCGGGGGGAUUCCAACCACAGAGAAACCGAAAGCUAGACGAAAAGUUACCUUCGCAAUGAUAGAGAGGAGCCCCUCAGUUGGUGAAGAGAAGGACAACCCUGCCGAUAGCGGUACGAGACCAUUCGACAACGUAGAUGAGCAAGCCAAGGCAACUUGUGAACUCCUUCAUGAAAACUGGAGAAAGCACCUGGAAGGGCUUUCCAACAAGAAGCGCGCAAAGUACGAACCUCCUCAGUCAUUUGGGCUCCCGAGGAAUAAGGGAAAACCGCCAUUCAUCGAUCAGCUCUUUCAUCACCUACGCAGGCUUCUUAUCUUGGCAGAACGCAACUGGAUUCAUGGGUUCAUUGAUACCUUUGUCAUCAUUGUUGCAGUCAUCUUGGUCACAUUGAUGGAUGGCGUUGCAGAACCUACGAGGGAUGUGUCCAUGAAAGAUCUUAACUACGAAAGCGUGGCACAGCCGAGCUCUUUAGAACAGCUCCUCCUUGAAUUCCCCAAGCUUUUUUCCUACGCAACUGCAGGUAUCAAGAGUGAUAUUCAACAGUAUGCAACGAAAAUUGGCGUCUUCUUUGCCAUCGUCGUGAGCGUACUCGCCACCAAGCAGUUCCGAGCAUACAGGGAGCAGUUCUUUCGCGAAGCUGCAAGUGGCUACAAUAUAGGGGCGUAUUUCAUAGCAAUGACUUGGAAAGCAACUGUGGUGCAAAUCCUGCAAGCAAUUCUGGCGGCAAUGUUUGCUUUCAGUAUCCGCAAUUCAUUGGCCGCCUGGUACUCCUACCUCGUUCAUUUCUUGAUGCUCUCUUGGGUUGCUAGUUCAUGGGGGAUGUUGUUUUCGCUAUUGAUUCCCAAGAAACAUGUCAUCUUUGCGACCGGUUUCUUGGUGGCCUUCUUUUCUCUGCUCUUUUGCGGCGCAAUCCUUCCGAUCAGUUUUGAAGUGAUUUACGAUCGUACGACAGCUUUGAUAGCAAGCGGUCUCCUGUCACCGACGAGAUUCUUCGUGGAGAGCCUUGCAGUGGCUGAAGCCCGGUGUCUUCCGGUGCAAAGUGGCUUUACAGACUUUAGUCGAACCAUGGACGAAAAACCCCACAUUAGCCGGACGUUUGAGCGAGUUGGUUUGGGGCACGGUGUUUCGUCUUUUCAAUUGCUGCAUUACGGCUUGAAUGAUUUCAACGCAAUCAUCAAACGAUCCUACAGAGGAUGGUAUUGGGGCGUCCUUCCAUCUUUGUUUGUGGGGCUUCUGCUUAGAUGGUUGUCACUGGGUGCAAUCUACGGAACGAACCGAUCGAGUCAGGCCAAGCGGUCUCUCUAUUCCACAAUCAAUAGCGAUGCCAGGACGCGGGUUCUGUCUUUCGGUUACUUGUUGGUGUUGGGUGGACUCCUUGGAGGUUCGUUGUACUUUAUUCUGAGGAAGGGGGAAGAAAACUAUUGGGCGGCAUGGAGCUCAGCGAUGUGAAAGUAAGGCUACAGGGAAGGUUCUGGACCGAGUCGAAUGGAACUCCAUUGCCAACCAGAGAGGGUGAACAAGCAUAUAGCUAGCUUUUAAUUCACGCUCGAAGCCAUGCUAAAUACCGUACCGUUUUCCGGGACCUUCACAGUCGAGCUCAAGCUAGUAUGGAAGUCCAAUAG